GAAAUGACCAAUUAUAAACUCGGAUAUAAACAUAUAUAUCUCUUCUGGCCCUGCGAGCUUUAAAUUGUCUUCUGAUGGUUGGUUUGAUGCGAUACAUACAACCGUUCCCCGGAUCCUUAUCUCGAUCUCCAUCGACUUCGUGACACCAACUGCUUCAAACCAGCUUCACAUCAAUGCUAAUUCUACUAAUUACAGGGAAUAUAUCCUAUACUAAAAGACCUGCUCCCAAAAUUUCCAAGUAAUAUCAUACAGAGCUCCAACUUGCUCCAUGGCAGAGCCAGAGAGUCGCCCAGAAAGCGAGACAACCGUCACCAUAUUACUACUGGGCGAUUCAGGAUGUGGAAAAUCAACGUUCUUGUCUCGUCUCAAAAACGGAGGCAACCUGAGAGCACCAUCAGGUGGCCAACUUGAACUUUUGCGUGACAGUGACCAGCCAUUCAUUUACGAUAUUCGCUUCUCAAAGAAGAGUUUUACUCUCGAACUCUACGACACCGCAAGUCCUAAUCAGCACUGGUCAACAUUGCAGCCGGCGGUUGUGCUUCUGGCAUUUGAUAUCUCGAAUAGAGACACAUUAGCGGGACUCAAGAACUGGCGAAACGACAUCACGAGAUAUUUCCAGCAUGGCCAUGGCGAACGAAUCCCCAUUAUGAUGUUAGGUCUGAAAAGGGAUCUUAGGGUGGACGGCGAAGGACUUAUCUACCCACAAGAGUCAUACCGUAUCGCCCAGGAAUUGCGCUGCGAUCGAUAUGCAGAAUGCUCUGCUGUGACUGGGGAGCUUUUGGCCGAGACAUUCGAAGAUCUUGCAAGGCUUGCUGGUAUGACGACUACAACGACUGGAGGGCAGACAAAUGGUGGUUGUACUAUUCUUUAAUAUUGGGUGGUGUUUUUAGGUGUUUAAUGAUAUGUUAUGAUACCAUGAAAUCUUCGAAGCAUGUUUAGACUGGCUUCUUUUGUAGUACGACUAUUUUGAAGUAUUGGCCAGGGCAGAUAUCUAAUGCCAACUGGAGAUACUGUACGACAUCAUUUACCAUCCCGGGAACUUACAGUGUAUAUAAAGAUUACGCGGGAAGACAAGGAUAUGGUGCACAGGUGGUAGGAUCAUUUUCAAUUACGACUGAAAUAAACAUACAAGGAGAAACCAAGGUAACGAUUAAGUCCACCUUGUGAAAUUGACAGCACAGGGCUUUCCCCCAGAAGUUAGAGCAACAACUGGAUAUCUUUCCCUCAUCAAGCGCCAGUCAACGAUUGGGCUAUGCAAUUCCUCCCCGAUGUAAAAAAA